AUUAGAUCAAUCAUUUGGUUUCCUUUAUGACUGUACAGCGAGGAAUGACAAAAGAAAUCCUGAAAUUUGAACCCGAAUUUGCGGCUUGAACCUACUUCCGCGUCCAGACCGGGGGCGCAGCUCCUGCGCAUGCGCACACCGUCCGGCGGCAACCGUCUCGACUUCCGUGAUCGUCUGCGGGGUUGCCCGGUCUUCUGAGCGGCGUUCCCCCUCGCUGAGUCCCGCGGGGCCCUUAAGGUGCGGAGGGGAAUCGCCAGACGUUCAGCAGAACCGGCCUCCGGGUGUUGCUUUAAUCCGGCCGCAAACAGGCGCUUUCGGAUCGGACGGACCGGAGCAGGCCCGGUGUCGCCAUGGCAACGGACGCCAACUCCAGGGCGGACGCUCUGUCACCGACAGCGGACAAGGACCCAGGGUACAACGAGCCACAGUCCAGCAAAGAAAAUCUUCAAGGUUUCGUAAACGUUUCCCUCAUCUGCCUUUAUUGCGUCGGCACGGCAACAAAUGACAUGUGAUGAGGAUGUUAGGAGAAUUCAGGGUGACUUGGAUAGGCUGGCUCCGAAGUUGGCACUCUCCGAGCUCCUGUCGCGGUGGGACGAUUACCAACUGUUCCAGCUGGGGAAAUUCUACCGGGGCAGACUGACAGAGGCGAUCGAAGGAGGGGUUGGGAAACUCAGCCUGAUGUUGAGAGAGGAGGGACAUCUCAGUGCAGACGAACAUGAGAUAAUCUACCAGCUGGCGGAGAGGGGACACCGGACGGACAGCUCCAAGCUCUUUCUCGGUCUGGUGACGGGGAAGCUGAUGUGGGAGUCAUUUCUGAAAGUGAGGGAUGGACUGCCGAAGUUGGACAAGAUGCUGGAAGAGAUCCAGGAGUUCGGUCUGGGCGUGCAUGAAUAUAUGAACAUCGCUCGGGGUGUAUCGGAAUCGCCCACUGAACUGAGAGAUGUUCAGCAGAGGCACAGGGAGGCAAUGCGGGCACAGACCGAGGCACUGCGAGUGCCUACGAUGCAGACGAGGGAGAAGAUUCAAGCGUUCCCGCUGCUGGACCGAUAUGCCGAGGUCACGGUCGUCUCCACCGCUCGGCCGCGGAGGGUCGGGGAGCGUGUGCAGCCGGCGAGGGGCCAGGACGAAGAUGAGCAGAGGGAGAUGGGCCUCCGGACGGAGCUGGAGGAAAUCCAGAUGGAUCAGCUGUUCCGGAGCGCAUCCAGACCCGGGAGUUCGGCAGCAGUGGCCGGAGUGCCCGGGAUCGGGAAAACAACAAUGGUACAAAAGAUCAUUAAUGACUGGGCCACGGGGAAAAUAUACCAACAAUUCCAGUUUGUCUUCAGUUUCAAAUUCCGGGAUUUGAACAAUCUGAACUGCAGAAUAAACCUGAGGGAACUGAUUCAGGAUCAGUAUCCUUACUUUGGGAAUAUCCUGGAAGAGGUCUGGAAGGACCCGGAGAAGUUGUUUUUUAUAUUUGACGGUCUGGAUGAAUUUAAGGACGGCAUCGAUUUUGCCAAUGGCCGGGGAGACACGGAAGCUCAGCGCGAGUGCACGGAUCCUGAAAUCCGGUGCAAGGUGUCGGACGUUGUGUACAGUUUAAUCCAGGGCAAGCUGCUCCCGGGGUGUUCGGUGCUGGUGACCACCCGCCCCACCGCGUUACACUUGCUGGGAAAGGCGGACGUCGGGGUCUGGGCUGAAAUCCGGGGGCUGGUGGGGGAGAAGCGGAAGGAGUUCUUCAGCAGGUAUUUUCAAGAUCAGGCGGUGGCAGCAGAUGUUUUCAAAUACGUGGAGGGGUACGAGGUGCUGAACAGCUUGAGCGGCAGCCCCACUUACUGCCUCCUCCUCGCUCUGACACUGGGGCCCUACUUCGCCCUGAAAGCCCGCGACCCGCAGCUGCUCCUGAGGAUCGUCACCCAGCUCCGCUCCUACGAUCUUCACAACAUCCUGAAAAACCAGGGCCGCGAGCUCAGAAGCCCCUACGACCUGCUGCUGAGGAUUGGUCAGACAGCCUUCGCGGGAGCGCCGGGGAGCAACGUCAUAUUUACAGAAGGGGACGUGAUCCGGUGCAAGUGGCCGCCAUCCCAGUUCCUGUCCGGUGUGCCAGCGGAUCCUCCGGAGAGGGAGGACUCUGCCCGCAGCACGGUGUGCACGUUCCCCUACCUCCCCGUCCAAGAGUUCAUAGGCGCCCUGGCGCAAUUCCUGACCCCGGACCCCGGGGACGUCCUGAACCUCCUGGCUGAAUCCCGCGGCAAGAAGGGCGGGCGGUUCGAGAUGUUACUCUGCUUUGCCGCGAGUCUCGGCGCCACUGGCUCAGCGUGGGUCCUGGAGGAGUUCCUGGGCCCCCUCCCCCAGCGGACAGCCGGCCGGGUGGUCGGCUGGGUGAGGGAGGAGGUUGGGCGUCAGGUCCGAGGCGCGUGGGGCGAGGCUGGCAAGAAGAGGCUGCUGAACACCCUGAGCUACCUGUUUGAGUCCCGGGAUGGCGGGCUGGCGCAGGCUGCGCUGGGGUCCGUGGAAGCCCUCUCAUUCCGCGGACUGCGCCUGAGCCCGAUUGACUGCGCCGUCCUGUCUUACGCCAUCGGGUUCUGCAACACGCUGAAGCGCCUCGACCUGACGGGCUGCCACCUCGAGAGCGAGAGACUCCAGCAGCUGGGACCAGGGCUGCACAAGUGCCAGGAGUUGAGACUGGGUUUCAAUUUCCUGGGAGAUUCCGCAGGGGAAGUUCUGUCCGCGGCUUUGAGAGUCCCCGGCUGUCAAAUGCAGAGACUGCGGUGAGUGAAAGGCAGGAAGAUUGUGUGCUGGUGACCAUUAAUGUGCUAAAACUAACAAAGCUGGCCCUCCUUGUCCGCGAGUUCCGCAUGCGCGAAUUCAACUGACCGUGAAUAGCAAAAACCCGGAAAUGCUCUUCCAGCACUUGUUGUUCGAGCAUGUGCAGACCGUUAUUUCUUGUCACUAUUC